AUGGCAGCAUCUCGAAGUCCAGGUCUUGCUAUCGCAGCGGUGACAGCUAUCUCUAUCUCCGCAGGAGCCAUGUUUGUCAUGCAGAAAGACGCAAAGAGGAAGGAAGGCCAAGCUUCCAUAUUCCAACCGGGAGAUUCGGAUAGAACAAUUGGAAAGGCUGGCGAUGCACAUUUGAGCUCGGCGGAAGUCAGCGAGGUCGUUUCUCAAAGAGCAUCGCGAGGUAGUCCAAUGACUGGAGAACGCAAAUAG